AUGUGGGUUAAUCCUGACGAAGUGCUGUUGGCCAACGCUCUCUGGAUCACCGAGAGAGCAAAUCCCUACUUCAUAUUGCAGAGGAGAAAGGGACGUGGAGAAGGAGGUGGGCUCGCUGGGUUGCUGGUGGGAACCCUUGAUGUCGUCUUGGACUCCAGUGCCAGAGUUGCUCCCUACAGAAUCCUGUACCAAACCCCUGACUCCCUUGUAUACUGGACAAUUGCCUGCGGUGGCUCUUGGAAGGAGAUUUUAGAACACUGGGAAUGGCUAGAACAGAACCUGCUGCAGACUCUGUCUAUCUUUGAGAACGAGAAUGACAUCACUACAUUUGUUAAAGGAAAAGUUCAGGGUAUCAUAGCAGAGUACAACAAGAACCAUGAUAUCAAGGAGGAUGAUGACACUGACAAGUUCAAGGAAGCCAUCGCUAAGUUCUGCAAGUUGUUUGGGAUGCCGGAGGAGGAGAAACUGGUCAACUACUACUCGUGCAGCUACUGGAAGGGCAAGGUGCCGCGGCAGGGCUGGGUCUAUCUCAGCAUCAACCACCUGAGCUUCUACUCCUUCCUGCUGGGGAAAGAAGCAAAGUUAGUGAUCCGGUGGACAGACAUCACCCAGUUGGAGAAAAAUGCCACCCUGCUCCUACCUGAAAUCAUUAAAGUCAGCACUAGGUCCAGUGAGCACAUAUUCUCCGUCUUCCUCAACAUUAACGAGACAUUCAAAUUGAUGGAGCAGCUGGCCAACAUUGCUAUGAGACAGUUGCUCGACAACGAGGGCUUUGAACAGGACAGGUCUCUGCCUAAACUGAAGAAGAAAUCUCCCAAGAAGGUGUCUAUACUCAAAAGGGACCUUGAUGCAAGAGCCAAGAGUGAACGGUACAAGGCUUUGUUCCGACUGCCCAAAGACGAGAAGCUUGACGGGCACACAGGCUGCACCCUUUGGACCCCCUUCAACAAAAUGCACAUUCUGGGCCAGAUGUUUGUCUCGACUAAUUACAUCUGUUUCACUAGCAAAGAGGAGGCCCUGUGCAGCCUCAUCAUUCCGCUCAGAGAGGUGACAAUAGUGGAGAAGGCUGACAGUUCAAAUGUGUUGCCCAGUCCUUUGUCCAUCAGCACCAAAAACAGAAUGACAUUCCUCUUCGCCAACCUCAAAGACCGAGAUUUCCUUGUCCAGAGGAUUUCCGACUUCCUGCAACAAACCACCUCGAAGAUCUACUUUGAGAGGGAGCUCGCCGGGAGCUACAACAGUUCAGAUGAUGAGGUGUAUUCAAGGCAGAGUAGCCUCCUUUCCUCCAGCCCUCAGCAGAGUCUGGGCUCAGAGACCGAUGGGGAGCGCCAGUUCAACCUGAACGACAACAGCAUCCCGACGGCCACGCAGGCACUGAUGACAAUGUACCGCAGAAAAUCUCCUGAGGAAUUUAACCCCAAAUUGGCAAAAGAGUUUUUGAAAGAACAGGCCUGGAAGAACCAUUUUGCAGAGUAUGGCCAGGGCGUGUGCAUGUAUCGGACAGAGAAGACCAAAGAGCUUGUACUCAAAGGCAUUCCGGAGAACAUGAGGGGAGAUCUUUGGCUUCUCUUCUCAGGUGCUGUCAAUGAGAUGGCCACCCACCCUGGUUAUUAUGAAGAUCUGGUAGAGAAGUCCAUGGGCAAGUAUAACCUGGCCACUGAGGAGAUAGAGAGAGACCUGCACCGCUCGCUUCCUGAGCACCCCGCCUUCCAGAACGAAAUGGGGAUCGCUGCCUUGAGACGGGUGCUAACGGCGUAUGCUUUCAGGAACCCCAACAUUGGAUAUUGUCAGGCCAUGAACAUCGUGACGUCUGUGCUGCUGCUAUAUGCAAAAGAGGAAGAGGCAUUCUGGCUGCUUGUGGCUCUUUGUGAAAGAAUGCUGCCAGACUAUUACAACACAAGGGUUGUUGGCGCUCUAGUGGAUCAGGGUGUGUUUGAGGAGCUGGCCCGGGAGUAUGUGCCCCAGCUGUACGACUGCAUGCAGGACCUGGGUGUGAUCUCCACCAUCUCCCUGUCCUGGUUCCUCACAAUGUUCCUCAGCGUCAUGCCCUUUGAGAGUGCCGUCGUGGUGGUGGAUUGCUUCUUCUACGAGGGGAUCAAAGUCAUCUUCCAGCUGGCCCUCGCCGUGCUCGACUCCAACAUAGACAAGCUGCUCAACUGCAAGGAUGACGGGGAGGCCAUGACUGUUUUGGGAAGGUAUCUGGACAGUGUGACUAACAAGGACAGCACAUUGCCACCGAUCCCCCACCUGCACUCCCUUCUUACUGACGACGGGGAGCCACACCCUGAGGUUGACAUCUUCAAGCUCGUGAGGAAUUCAUACGAAAAAUUCGGGACCAUCAGGGCAGAUGUCAUUGAACAGAUGCGGUUUAAACAGAGGCUGAGGGUGAUCCAGACGAUCGAAGACACCACAAAACGCAGCGUGGUACGAACUAUUGUGACCGAAACAGCAUUCAGUAUCGAUGAGCUUGAAGAACUGUAUGUCCUCUUCAAGGCUGAACACCUGACAAGCUGCUACUGGGGUGGGAACAGCAAUCCUACAGACAGACACGACCCCAGCCUGCCCUACCUGGAGCAAUACCGCAUUGACUUGGAGCAGUUUAAGGGCCUUUUCAGACUCCUCUUCCCAUGGGCCAGUGGGGUGCACUCCAACUCGCUCGCAGUGCGCUUCUUCAGACUGCUGGACCAGAACGGCGACUCCUUCAUCAACUUCAGAGAGUUUGUCACUGGUUUAAGUGUGCUGUGUCAUGGAGAUCUGACUGAAAAACUAAAACUAUUGUAUAAAAUGCACGUAUUGACUGAGCCAGCCCCUGAACACGAGGAACCUGAUUCCGCUUUUGAAGCUACUCAGUAUUUCUUUGAAGAUAUCACACCAGAGACUUCACACGGCUUUGAUUCCAGAUCUAAGAAUGAUAAAGAUGAUGGUUUUGUAACCGUCACCUUCAGAACAGAGAAAGUUAAGAAGACACACACACCUGACUACCAGACUUACUUAAAAUUAUGGAAUCAAGAGGCUAAGUCCAAAAUAGAAAAUAUGAAGGAGCUGCCUAAACUAAACCAGGAGCAGUUUAUUGAACUGUGCAAGACCCUCUACAAUAUGUUCAGGGAGGACCCCAAUGAGCAGGAGCUGUAUCAUGCCACUGCCACUGUCACCAGCCUGCUGCUGGAGAUUGGCGAGGUGGGCAAACUGUUCUGUAUCCCUGUGGACAAGGAAGACCCCCCUCUGUGCUCAACUAAAGAGAACCCUCACAACCAGCAGACCAAGCAGAGGUGCGCCUUCAUCCCAGGCGAGCAGAGAGACUCCUUCAUCCCAGGCGAGCAGAGAGACACCUUCAUCCCAGGCGAGCAGAGAGACGCCUUCAUCCCAGGCGAGAAGAGAGACACCUUCAUCCCAGGCGAGAAGAGAGACACCUUCAUCCCAGGCGAGCAGAGAGACACCUUCAUCCCUGGCCUGGCUGUAGAGGAAAGAACAGAAGUGAAGCUUUGCAGUGGCAGUGAGCAGCCUCUGUGCUCCCAGAUGGAGGACAUUAAACUCGAGGACUCAUCCCCGAAGGACAACGGCAUGUCUUCAGCCAUGCUCAUCUCGGACGACGAGACCAAGGACGAUACCUCCAUGUCGUCUUACUCGGUGUUGAGUGCCGGCUCUCAUGACCUGGACGAGAAGCUGCAGUGCGAGGACAUUGCUGAUGACACUGUGCUGGUGCGCGGUGAACACGGCAGCUCCUUGCCCCACAGCACUAGCAUCGACAAGGACUGGGCCAUUACCUUCGAGCAGUUUCUAGCCUCCUUGCUGACUGAGCAAGCCUUAGUCCUUUACUUUGAGAAGCCUGUGGCCGUCAUGACUCGAAUCCCCAACGCCAAGAACAUUCGGAAAGUUAGGAAACAGGUGUUGUCCGCUAGCAACUAUGAGAUCUCCACCCUUUCUGGAUAAAAGAUAACUGUAAGCUUGGUAAAAGGAAAUGCCCCUUUUCUAAAUAGAUGUGAGUGUGACACAAAUGCAGGCACUGGUAUUUUCCUGUCAGUGGGUGUGGUGUGUCAUCUGCUGUAAGACAACUGAAAGCCUGGAUGUUGGUUAUUGUAUUGAAAGUGAUUAAUUGUUUUAUUUAUAUGCUAAAUAGAUUAAAAAAAAAAAAAAAAGUUUGACAUUGUAUUUUAUUAAGUGGGGAAAAAGGUUGUAUUAUCUGACUGUUAACAAAUAUUUAUCCAAUCUUAAGAAAUGCUAUUUCCCAUGUAGAAAGAAAGGUAGUAGAAUGUUUGUAGCAGGGUAGUGUUGCGGUCAAGGCUGGUCAGCCACAGGAAAGCAAACCCAGAGACAGAAGCAGCAGUUUUAAAGCACUGUUGCGCACUUUUAUUUAACAAAACCGAAUAGACAAAACAGAGAAACACAGCACGGGGGCCAAAAUAAAAUGUUCAAACAAAAUAACACUGAACACAAACAUGUCGGUCAGGCUGGACAUUCACCUUCACUGAACAGUACAGAAAGCACAGUUCAUAAACUCACCCUACACUACUCCACCAAACACCCUUGCUUUUAUACCAUGUGGCUGGGUCUUUAACAUUUAUUCACGACACAGCCACAUUCCACAUGAGCAUUCGGCAUGAAUGGAAUUAACCCCAUCCCUGCCAAACCAAAUAAUCCCCGCCCUCCGCCACAGGGUUAAUGUUUAUCUAUGGAGAGAAGGAAAUGCCAUCAGUUGAAAAUUGUUAUUAUCUAUACUAUACAAAAUCAGCUUGCUGUACUUUAUAUGGAAUAAUGUACAUUACUAAUAACCUCUUAGAUCAUGUAAGGCAAUGCAUUCUUAUGUAGUGAUCUACACCUGUUAUCCUAUUAGAAGCAGAUUAAACCUAACAGUGUAUGUUCAGGACUGUAUCCAAUCUGAAUUGUCCUUCUGUGUUUUGAUUACGUAAUGUAAUGUCACUUUAUAUAGCUUUACUAUAUUAGCGGUCUACUGAAAUUAUGCUGCUGAAUUGACUUCUGGAGCACCUGCACUUUGAUUUGCUGAUUGCUUUGUUUUCAGAACAUAUUUUAUGUCCACACAGGGACUGUUUUUCUGCUUUUUAGUACAGAAUCAUUCCUGAUAUUUGAAUACUGUAUACACACAAAAAUAGCCGAUCUUAUUAAUCACUGUUAUUAUUUAUAUUGUUGUUUUUAUGUUGUUGCUGUAGAACUAAACUGCAGUGUUUUUAUUUUUUAAAUGUUAUGUUCAUGGUGAAGCCACAAAAAUCUGAAUGUUGAAUAAACAACUCCCAAAUCCACA